GCCCGCGCAGCGGAUGCGGCGGCGAUGCCACCACCACCACCACCACAGCAAAGCUCAACGGCAGCACAACCAGAGGGAGUGGGAGUGCAACUGGGAGCGACGGUGGUGCAACCGGGAGGAACGGAGAUGCAACCAGGAAGAGCGGUGGCCCAAGGAGGAGCACCGCCGCGAGCAGCGGUUCAGGUCCCCGACCAGCAGGUGAUAAUGACCAGGCAGGAGAUGCAACAAAUGGUGGCGGAGGAAGCUACACAGGCGGUUCAGCAAGAUUUUGCGGAGAAGUUGACAAAUCAAUAUUCAAGCGCGGUGGCUCAGGAGAAAACGUAUUUGACACUGAUGGCGAUGAGACAAGGCGAGAAGGAGUCACUGCGUAAAUAUGUCUCUCGAUACAAUCAGGCUUGUUUGGAGAUUCCAUCGGCGAUCGAUGAGGUCAAGGCGGGAGGAUUGAUUAAGAGUUUGCGGGCAGGACCGUGUUGGACUUUUCUGGCUAAGACUUCUGCUCAUACGUAUGAUGAGGUGUUGAGGAGGUGUAGGAAAUAUAUUAAUCUCGAGGAGACCGAGGCGGAGUUUGCCAAGCUAGAGGAGUUAGGUCGAGGGGAGUCGAGGAAGGAGAAAGCAGUUUCGCCUAAAAGGAAAGCCUCACCCAGUAGAGAGGGGCGAGCUAAGCAGGAUCGGGGACGAGAGGAUAGAUGGAAGGACCGGCCUAUCUUUGGAGGGAAAAGAUUCCACGAUUACACCCCGUUGAACGCGAAGGUAGCUGAGGUCUUGAUGGCCAUGGAGAAAGGGAUAGAUGGGAAGGAUGUGACGUGGCCAAGGUCGAGGUUUGAAGGGCCAACCCAACCGAAGUCGAGGAGAUAUUGCCGCUUCUAUAAAGACUAUGGCCACACUACUGAGGAUUGUCGGCAUCUCAAGGACGAGAUUGAGCGCCUUAUUCGAGCAGGGCAUCUCAAAGAGUUUGUCUAUCAGGAUAAGGGGAGAAGGAAGGAGAAGAGAAAGUGUCGGGAGGACUCGGUGGAGAGGAGUGAGGAAGAUGAUGAUGAGGCUGCACGAGGUGGUCGAGAUGGUCAAAAAAGAGAUGAGGGGAAAAGGAGGCAAGGAAGUAGGGAGCGGGAAAGAGAAGGAGAUGGAGGCCAAGUGAAGAGAGGCACGAUAUAUAUGAUUUCAGGAGGACCGACGGACGGGGACUCGAAUAAUGCAAGGAGAGGCCAUGUUCGAGCAAUGAAAAGGAAGAGGGAAGAGGUGAGUAUCACGGCCCGAGUACCAGAAAUCAGUUUUCGAGCAGAGGAUGCAGCAGGGGUGGUGGUGCCUCACAAUGAUGCCUUGGUAAUUACGGCUGAAGUUGCAGGUUUUGACGUAAAGAGGGUGUUUAUAGACACAGGAAGUUCGGUCGAUGUCAUGUUUUAUGAUUGCUUUGUGCAAAUCAAUCGGGA